AUGUUUUCCUCGUCAACAUACGCAGACAGAGCUCCAGAUCGCAGCUAUAGACGACCAGCAUUAGCACAUUCACAAGCUGCACUCAACUAUUCGACGCUCGGCCCAGGAGCGUCUACAAAUGCCCAGCAGCCUCUCGCUGCAAGUCAGUUACCGCCAGCCUGGUCAUCAACAUUUAAUCCGCAAAACUCGCUGGCUGCGUCGACACGUGAUGGAAGCGGCUACUUGCCUGGUUACUUGUUGAGCGCCUCUCAAGGCAUGUCUCUACCUGAAGGCGUUCAGAGAUACGAAGAUCCACCUCUGCUCCCCUCAAAAUCUUUACAUGUUGCUCCGGGAACCUUUGGAGCCGAAACUGGAGACCAACAUAUGUCCCGACAACAACCGCUAGACGAGGACGCACCGCCGACUCAAUCUGUACUCGACGAGUUGGAUACUAUUCCCACAAACCGAGACCCAUUUAAAACGCCAGCCCGUAAUAGGACACACCAGCGUUCGACCACGAACAAGGAAUGGCACGACGUGAUUGUGUUUGGCUUCCCCCAAGACAAAAUUUCAGCUGCCAUCAAGCUGUUUACGUCUAUUGGAGAGACACAGGAGCCCCAACCUGGUCCAGAGGGCGCCAACUGGUUCAAAAUCUCGUACAAGCACGAAUGGGAGGCGGCUCGAGCCGUACGCAAGAAUGGAGAGUUGAUGAACGGCCAAUGGAUGGUAGGCGUCAAAUGGGCGCAGGACGGAAAGGAUGGAUGGGCGACUCAGUCCUUGUACGGUCCACCAGCAGUAAUCCAAAAUCCAGAAGACGAGACUACGUCGCCGACAGUUACGCGACCAAAUCCCAUCGGACGACAAAUCUCACUCGAGCCGAGCUCUAGUGCAUUCAGGAUACAUCCAGGAAGCACGUCUGCCGCUGCAGGAGCAGAAGACUGGGCCUCUGCGCAUACAGCUGCAGCCACACCAGGAAAGCAGACAAAAGGCCUCUUUGGCCUCGUCGGAUGGUGA